AUGAUGGGUUAUGAGUUUGCAACCUAUGUCAAUAAAUACCUUGAAAGUCAAGGUGUACCCACACGAUCGAUCGCCAAGAUCGAUAGUAAUCCCGAGAAAUCAAAGCACUUGGAAACAGCCACAACUAAACUUUUCGAUCAAGAAGUUGACUUUUGUAAUUUGCGUACCGAAAUCUAUGAAGGAGAUAGUCGUAUCCCCUCUCAAGUGACAUUUGGAACACCUUCAGAAGAUGCUUAUCGCAGAGAUAUCACCAUCAAUAGUUUAUUUUACAAUGUUAACACACAUUCUGUUGAAGAUUUCACCAACAAAGGUAUUCCUGAUCUAAUCAAAGGAUAUAUUCGUACACCACUUGCACCCUUUGAGACUUUUCGUGACGAUCCUCUUCGUGUAAUUCGUUGUAUUCGUUUUGCCAGUCGAUUCAACUUCAAAAUGGUACCCGAAUUAUGUGAAGCAGCCAAGCACCCCGAGAUCAGAGAUGCUCUUGUCAGUAAAAUUAGCCGAGAACGUAUUGGUAUUGAGCUUGACAAGAUGAUCACAGGUCCUUUCCCUCUUUUAUCGCUUGAAUUGAUCCAUCAAUUGGAUUUGUAUCCUGUGGUGAUGACAUCUCCUGCCAACAUUGUGCGUGGUACAGUAAGCACUUCAGAUACGGCUGUGCGUGCUGUAGCCAUUGUUGAAUGGCUGUGUUCUCAAGAAUCACAGUUAUCUUCUACUUCAAAAGAAGAAAAAAGGACGCUUAUCUUGGCUGCUAGUGUCUUGCCUUUUCUUGGUGUCUUUGUAGAACAAAAGAACAGAGAAGUCUUGGGUGUUCAAUUAGUAUUGCGUGAUGCUAUCAAGACAAACAAUGUGGAUAUCAACACUGUCUCUACUAUUUUUCGAGGCAUUGACCAACUUCAAUCAUUAGCCAAUCAAAAUCUGAAUGAACCUGCUUCUCGUUCUCAACUAGGCAUGCUUAUCCGAGAACUGGGUGCAUUAUGGCAAACAGCCAUCAAAAUGACUACGGCAAAAGAAUUACUAGAUACCCUCUCUCAUAUUGACUUGGCCAACUUGACUAGUGCUCAACAAGUUUGCAACAAGUAUAGUGCAUUAAUACAAUUAGCCUUUGAUUAUGGCAUUGCAGACUGUUAUCAAUGGAAACAUAUGGUUGAUGGCAAAAGAGCAGCUCAAGUGGUUGGUGUAAAACCAGGUCCUGUUUUGACUGAAUUACUCAAGGUUCAAAUGACUUGGCAAUUAGAACAUCCUCAAGGCACAAGAGAAGAAUGUGAAGAAGCACUUGUAAAGUACUGGCAAACUAGAUAA